UCAUAACCUAAAAUGUCGGAAACCUCACAUCCAUCUCGCGAUCCAAAAAAUCUCAGCGAACCAUUCGCAGUCAUCGAAUUUCUCGAGAAAAACGAAAAAGGGCUACCAUGCAUUGAUUUGGUGCCGAAAAAAUGGUUUAAUAGUGCAGAAGAAGACACCUGUAAAUUCCCACCGACAACUGAAUAUCAUCUACUUGACGACUACUUGGAAAAAUUGCACUCGCCCAAGGACUCUUGGCAAAGUUAUCCAUUUUGCUUCAUCACCGGAGCAGCUGACUUGGAUCAGGGUCGCAGAAGAUUAAAAAAGGCCCAAGUAACUCUCAACUGUGAGACAACCGAUGGUGAAAAUGAUCGAAAGGGGGGGAGGUCCGAAACUUCCUCGAAAGCAAAAAUUUCAGCAAAACCCUUAACUGCAUCAAAGUCUCAACUAAACAACAUCUUUAGUACUAAAAUCCCGAUUCCACCUAGAAAUCAAACUCCAAAGUCUGGUAUACAAGCAAAACCAAAGACAAGAUUUCAAAGCAUUUACCAGAGUGGAUCUGACUCUGAAGACGAAAAUCAUGAUUGUCUUAUAGCUAAUCCUGAGGAGAUUCGAGCCUCAAAGGCUCAAAAUAAUUCUGGCUUUUUGCAAAUGUCGAGUAAAUCGCGAUCUGUACCAACAGGUGCAUGUUUAUCAUUUAAACAGCGGUCAAGGAAGAAUAUUACUUUGCUUAAAGACGUCGAAACUGAUGAAUCUGAGAGCAAUGAUUCCUCCGAUGGAAUUCUGCAGUCACCUACAAAAUCGAUGGACUCAGCGAGAAAUACAAGAAAAGAACUUCAUUUGACGCCUCCUUCACCACUAGUCCAUAACGCUUCAGGUAACCGAAAAAGGCGUGCAUCGUCUACUACACGCGCUGAAGACGGAUUGAAUUCGAUUGUGAGCCCAGGAACUCCAAAAACUUCACGAUCAAUGAUGGUACCCCCUGCUAAGAUGCCAAAAAUGCUGGGACCACAAAACCAGUUGUCAUCUAGUCAUUAUGCUGAUAAUGAACGUCGAAUCCUGAACUCCCUUCGAGAUUACUUUGAUCAGCAAUUAGAUGAAAAGCUCGAAAAUUUAAGACGCAGGAUGGCUUACGAUUUAAAGCAGUCUAUGAAUGAGCUCAAGACCACAAUCAUUGGCACUAAUCUAGCCCCAGCUUCUGGUCCUAGCUUGCUUGAAAUACAGAAGCAGAUGUCUACGCCACUACCAUUUGAAAUGGAUGAUAAGUUCCAGGAAUACGAAGCGAUAUUGACAACGGACCCAAAUCUCGUAGAAACACUGCGAUUAUUCAUGAGAGUUUUGAUAAGCAAUAAAAAAGAGAUGAAAAUAUGUGUUUCCACUAUCCUAUCUGCGGUUCUGAGGAAGACAGUGUCACUGCACUAUUCUGGUUACGGAAAGGAAGCUGGCGGAAAGAAAAAGAAAAAUUUUUAUAACACUACAGUAUGCAAAGUACUGAUUGAUGUGAUAAUUGAGGUAAUAGGAUCCAGCACUGAUGAGAAGAAGAUAAUGUCAGAAGUAAGUACUUGGUUGUCACGUUCUGGCGAUCGAGAGGGUGGGCGUAAGGAACGACAACGCGGGUCAAGUCAUCAUAACGAGAAUAAUUCAGUUUGUUCCUUUGAUACCAAUCGAUAAUACUUCAUUUUUCCGGGAUAAAUGGAAUUGUAAAAUCACUGUGUUAAUAUGACUCCAUUAGUUCAUUUUCGUAAUUGUAUUAGUUGUGAUAUUCUUGAUAAAAGGUACGAUUAAUAGGAAAAGUUUAUAUUAUCAAUAUAUUUUUAUCGCGAGGCGUUU